GCCCUUCCCUUCUCUCUCUCUCUCUCUCUCUCUCUCUCUCUCCCAAGGAAGGCGGGGCAAAGGAUCCGGGAAGAGGCCGGCCUGGGCAGGGAGCUAGCUAGUUGCUCGGGCCCUCCAGGGAAGGGAAUGGCGACUGCGGAGAAGGUCUUCUCCGGAGGGCAGUGAUCAGGAAGGAGGAGGCCAUGCGACGCCUCUGCUUGCCGCUGCUGUUCCUCUCCGCCUCCUCCUUCUUCCUCGUAUGCAGACCUGUGCCUACCGCUGGAGAGUCUCCUUUGUUCUUACCUGCACCCCAGAAUUUAACAAUUGAGUCACGUAAUUUUGUGAAUGUGUUGAGAUGGUCUCCAGUGAAGGGAAUCAAUAGAACAGUAUCCUACCAUGUAGAACAGCGUGUAGAGUCAGAUAAAGAAUGGGAAGAAGUGAAGUGCACAAAUAUUGCAAAGCCAGAAUGUAAUUUUGAUCAUGGCAAGGAGUUUUACCGCAACCUUUUACGUGUUAGAGCUGAACAAGGGGGAUUGAAAUCUAAUUGGAGUAAAGUCGUUCCUUUUAAAGCAAAAAGUAACACCAUUUUGGGACCUCCACAAGAAAUAAAUGUGACCUCAGAGGCAAACACACUUACUCUAAGCUUUCGGUCUCCUCUUGAGCAUACAAGAUAUGACUCGAAAUUGCAAUACAAAAUAUACUACUGGGACGAGCCAUUGAGCCAAAAUACAUCAAUAUGGACCAAAAAUAGAGCCACGAAAUUCAAGGAUCUAAAAGAAGUGACACAAUAUUGCUUUCAAGUACAAGCAGUGUUUAUAAACAAUACAGGAGAAAUAAGUGGCCCUCACUGCAACAAAACACUUGUCACUGAAAGAACAAGAAACAUUUAUAUUGCCGUGAUAUUUGGAGUUCUAGCGUCUACCAUUUUGGCAACAUUUUGGUUUGUGCAUGUUAUUCGAAAAUAUAAAAGCACAAUUAAAUAUUUUUGGCAACCUCAUCUAAAAAUACCCUCCCACUAUGAAGAGGACUUACAAAAUGCUCAAGUGGCUACAGAGUACACAUUUCAGAACUGUGCAGGAGAAGAACAUUGGGACACUGUAUCGGUUAUCUCUAAUACAAGUCAAAAUCAAACUUCGAGAGACAGCUUUCCUAGUGGAACUCAAGUAGAUGUGUCAAAUUUGGAUGAACAUAGAUAGCAGUAUGCAAAGCAUCUUCAUCUCACAGUGGUCGUUGACUCUUAAUGUCUAUUUGUGAAAAUUCACUACAGCCUCAAAGAACAGACAUCCUCCAUGUGUUGGAAUUGUGAAAUGGAAAGCAACACUAAAUUGUUGAGAGGAUACACAUGCUGUGAAUCAAGAGAGAUCACUUCAAGCACUUCUCAAAUGAUUCGAGAUGGAUUUUCUCCUGGAGUCUUUCAUAACCUGAUGUUUAAUCAUAAAACAUGAUACUUUCUAUCAGGAAUAUGGUUUCAUGGGCCACUGGAGUAGAUUGAAACCAAAAGACAGUUUUGGCACAGAGUUCAGUUAAGUAUAACAAGGAAGGUACAAGGAAAAUAUGCACCAGUGAUCUCAUGUAUUUAUAGAUAAGGCUGGGUGUUUUUAUACAGCACAAGGACAAUUGUUACUCUGCUUUUUAUACAAUGGCACUGCCAGUUCAUUUCCAGGCUCAUUUUUCCUUCUGAAACACUUGAGUCUUUCUGUCCUUCAGAUAUCCAUUGUCAGUGUCUUCCCAACAGUUUUGGCCUCCCUCUUGAAUUUGGUGCCCUCGCUUUCCAGUUUGAGAAUAUAACUUAUUUCUACCAAAUACAUCACUAGCCUAUUUUGGCCUAUCUGGGAGAAAAGAAGAGAGAGCACUGACAUUAGACAUUACAAAAAACAACCCACGGCCUGGAUUCAGACAGUAUAGUAAACCAAUUGCAGGAGGAGAGAUUGGGCAGCAUAAUCCAGCACAAAUGAUUCUUGAUAACCCAGGAUUCCGAUUUAUCAUGAUCUGAUACUUUGAUCAUGAUACUUUCUGGUGGGAAAAUUUAAAAUGUUUCUUUUGUUCUUUUUGAGAAAACAGCUGUCAUAUUCUUGAAAUAAAUUAUUUUCUAUUUCAA